UUAGAUUCUUUGAAUGAUCUAUAUACCUCCUACGCCAUCUUUUGUAUCCUCCUCAUGUCUGUGGUGAUUCUGGUGAUAAGCAUCUUUAACGUUGAAUUUUAUGCAGUUGUGCCAUCAAUACCAUGCUCUCGAUUAGCCCUGAUAGGAAAAAUGGUUCACCCUCAGCAAGUUAUCCAUUCCUUUGUCCAUGCUGUCAUGGGAAUGUUGGUUGCUUGGUGUGCUGCAGUUAUGACAAAAGGGAAGUUCCAGUUUCUUGCUGUGCCCUGCACACCUUCAGAAAGACUAAAUGAUGCUGCUCCUCAGAUGUGCCUAAAUGAGUAUCACCUCUUUUUUCUACUUUCUGGAGCUUUCAUGGGAUACAGUUAUAGUCUUUUGUAUCUUAUUAAGAACAUGAAUUAUUUGCCAUUUCCAAUCAUACAGCAAUACAAGUACUUACGUUUCAGAAGAUCUUUGCCUCUGCUCAUUAAACACAGUUCUGUGCAGUCGCUGUCUUUUGUUAAAAACUUCUGUUUUGCAUAUUACUUUUUUGGUUAUAUCCCAAAGAUCUGGAUAAGUACCACAAUGGAUCUUCAUAUAGACAGUAAGUUGCAUCCUCUUGACACCCUGACUGGCUUGUUGGAUCUCUCCUUGUUUUACCAUGCCUGGCUGUGUGGUGUGUUCCUCCUGAUGACCUGGCACAUCGCAUGGUUACUCUUCAAAAUCUAUGCUACAGAGACACAUCAUUUUCCUGUCCAGCCAACUUUUGCUGAGGAGACAGACCAGUGCCUGCCUAAAAUUUUAAACAGCAACCCUCCCCUCAUUAUAAAGUUUUUAGCCUUACAAGACUUGAUGUUACUAUCCAAGUAUUCUCCUGUUCGACGACAGGAAGUCUUUAGCCUUAGUCAGCCAGGCGGGCACCCGCACAACUGGACUGCAAUAUCAAGGGAGUGUUUGAGUCUGCUGAGUGACCUGACCCAGAGGCUGAUCACACAGCAGGAAGCUGCAGCAGCAAAUGGCAGAGCAAAGCAGCCAGCAGGAGAGCUGAAAGUACCUCCACGGACUCCAGGAGCCGUUGUGCCAGAAGAGAUGUCUUUCCAAUCACAGAGGUCCAGUGUUCCUAGGACCUCCAUGUCUUCACUGGUGAAAUCAUCUCUAAUGCCUUUAAAGGCAUCGCCUGGGUCUGAUGUUGGUUCACCUUUCAGCUCCCCUGCUUUAAAUGGCAAGAUGGGAAUUGUGGAUGUAAACUCUCCUUGGCAUGGGUCAGUCCACAGUCCUCGUGUUACGAGAAGGGGACCGAAGCUGUGGACCUCGGGUUCAGAUCUGCAAAUGAAUGGUUCCCACCACGAGUCCUUUCCAGUGCCCUCUGCUUCAAGACUUGGCAGUGAGGCAGUGCAACCAAGAUUUAUUUACACAUGGCUUCAGAAUAAGCAAGAACAGAUCAAAAACUUCUUGUUAAAACGAGUGCUGAUAAUGUAUUUCUUCAGCAAGCACCCAGAAGCCUCCAUCCAAGCUGUCUUCUCUGAUGCCCAGAUGCACAUCUGGGCUUUGGAAGGUCUGUCUCAUUUGGUAGCAGCCUCCUUUACCGAAGACCAAUUUGGAGUUGUCCAAACUACACUGCCAGCUAUCUUGAAUACUUUACUGACUCUUCAGGAGGUGGUAGACAGGUACUUCAAACUGCCUCAUGUCUCUAGCAAGCCCCCCAGGGUGUCAGGGAGUCUGGUGGACACAUCCUACAAAACACUGAGAUUUGCUCUCAGGGCAUCUCUGAAAACAGCUCUGUACAGGAUAACUACUGUCUUUGGAGAACACUUAAA